AUGAGUGCACCUAUUAUAGCCCAGCCGGUCGUGGUGUCGCUAGCUGAUUUGAAAUCUGGAAAUGUGCCUUUUGAGAAACUUGUUGAGGCGUUCGGGCCGGAUUCAUUAGGAAUUUUGGUCGUCAAGAAUGUUCCCCCCGAAUUCCCCGAGUUGCGACGCCAAGCAUUAUCGUAUGCCUCAUAUCUUGGGAACCUGCCUAAAGCCGAGCUUGACAAGGUCGAAAACCCCGCUGCCAAAUAUCUAACAGGCUGGUCACUGGGCAAAGAGCAACUCAAAGACGGGCAAGUAGACACAUUCAAAGGCUCAUUCUACGCCAACUGCGCCUUCUACACCGACCCCGAACUAGAUUGCGCAAAGCCGACGCCCGAAUUUUCAGCAGAAAACUUCCCAGAGUACCUCUCACCAAACAUCUGGCCCGAAGAAAAGGUCCUCCCGGGCUUCAAACGCAGCCUGGAAGACCUCUGCCGGCUUUUGAUCGAUACCGCUGUCAUGGUUGCGCGGGCGUGUGACCGAUACGCAGAGCGGGAAAUCGAGGGGUACACCAAAGGCUACGUCGAGCACGUCGUCAGCACGAGCAACACCACCAAGGCCAGGUUGCUGCACUACUACCCCCAGUCCCAGGAGGGCUCAGGCGAGAACGAGGAUGAUUGGUGUGGUGUCCACCUGGAUCAUUCGGUCCUGACGGCCUUGACGUCUGCCAUGUUCGUUGACGAGCACAACACGUCAUCGACGUCGGCCUCACACACAAAAGAGGCCACGUCACUUGCCCCGCUAGAGGAGAUGGCGGGGAGUCCCGAUCCUCUGGCUGGGCUUUACAUCAAGUCUCGGACGGGAGACACUGUUCAGGUGAAGAUUCCGAGGGAUUGUAUCGCUUUCCAGACGGGCGAGGCCCUCGAACGGAUCACAAAGGGGAAAUUCAAGGCUGUGCCGCAUUUUGUGAGAGGAGUCAGACCUGCCAUGAGUAAUGGCCGGGUGGCGAGGAAUACUCUGGCAGUAUUUACGCAGCCGAAUCUUGGUGAGGAGGUUGACUCGGAGCAGCAUAUCACAUUUGGCGAAUUUGCCAGAGGAGUUGUAAGCAAGAACACUGUUGAGGCUUGA